AAUCCGCUCGAAAAUCGCCUCUGUUGCCCAAAUACUGCGGGGGCAUAAAACUCGCGACCGCCGAAAAAACAUCGAAAACUUUGGUUAAAAAGAGAGAACCGACAAAAGUGGAUUGGACGGCUCACAUUUUCCGAAUCUCAGGGAAAGGCAAACCCGAAUCUGAAUUGUUCCCUCCCCCUUUUUCUUCAGUCUCCGAUGCCUUCGAGGGUCGAUGGCGGGAGCUGGAAAGCACUCCUUUCCGAACCCUAGAGACCAGAAACUCUAGAUCCGAUCCCUCCACCACUUCAUCUGCUAUGGCGCCCAACGGCGACGGCGGAGGCGGGUGCCGUGACGUUCUUGAGAAACUCACACCCUCUCGCUACGCUGCGGCAGUGCUUCUUGGAGGGAUUGUGAUCGGUGCGUCUGUGUUGGCCCUGCACCUUGGUUAUGCGUCGCCGCUCGCGGGGUUGCGGCUGCCAGGGAGGAGGAAGAAGAGGCCAGUUCGGGUUUACAUGGACGGGUGCUUUGACAUGAUGCAUUAUGGCCACUGUAACGCUCUUCGGCAGGCGCACGCGCUUGGGGACGAGCUUGUCGUUGGUGUGGUUAGUGAUGCGGAGAUCACGGCGAACAAGGGCCCGCCAGUGACGCCUAUCAACGAAAGAUUGAUCAUGGUUGGUGCAGUUAAAUGGGUUGAUGAGGUCAUCCCAGAUGCACCUUAUGCUAUCACGGAGGAAUUCAUGAACAGGCUUUUCAAUGAGUAUAAUAUAGAUUACAUUAUCCAUGGGGAUGAUCCUUGCUUGCUACCAGAUGGCACUGAUGCAUAUGCGCUUGCCAAGAAAGCUGGCCGCUAUAAGCAGAUCAAGAGAACCGAAGGAGUGUCAAGUACUGAUAUUGUUGGUCGCAUGCUUCUCUGUGUGCGGGAGAGAUCCAGUGGCGAUCAUCAUACACAUUCAUCCUUACAAAGGCAAUUCAGUCAUGGGCAUGGCCCAAUUGAUGAUGGUGGGUCUCCUCGAGGGGGAACUCGAAUAUCUCAUUUUCUACCAACAUCUCGCCGCAUAGUUCAGUUCUCAAAUGGAAAGAGUCCUGAUCCGAAUGCCCGAAUAAUCUACAUAGACGGUGCAUUUGACCUGUUCCAUGCAGGGCAUGUGGAGAUAUUGCGGCUUGCUAAAGCAUUGGGAGACUUUUUACUAGUUGGAAUUCAUACUGAUCAGACUGACAGUUCUAACCGAGGAGCUCAUCGUCCAAUUAUGAAUCUUCAUGAGAGAAGUCUGAGUGUUUUGGCAUGUCGUUAUGUGGAUGAGGUGAUUAUUGGAGCACCAAAGGAGAUCUCAAAGGACAUGAUUACAACCUUCAAUAUCUCGUUGGUUGUUCAUGGAACAAUUGCUGAAAACAUGGAUUAUAUUAAGGAGAAAUCAAAUCCUUAUGCUGUUCCAAUGGAUAUGGGCAUCUUCCAAAUAAUAGAAAGCCCUCUAGACAUCACAACUAGCACAAUCAUUAGGAGAAUUGUUGCGAACCAUGAAGCCUAUCAGAAACGAAAUGAGAGGAAGGAAGAAAGUGAGAGGAAGUAUUACGAGAACAAGACUCAUGUAUCUGGAGACUAACUCUGCCGAAGCUGACUUGCAGUUGCUUCUUGUUAUUUACAAAUACAACAGCUUCUUGUGCUCUAAAAAAUAUAACGGUUUUCCUUUCAGUCCCAUGGUAUCAUGGGUUAAUCCCAGUUUUGUAUUAAUUAUAAUUGUCCUGAUUGCUCACUGUUGACUAGCAAUUGGAAACACCCCAUCGGAAAGCUUAAAUUAUUAGCUACCAGAUCUGUGAUUACUUUCACCUUUUAUUAGCUGAUUUAAUAAUAUAAGCACCAUUCGCUUCA